CAGUCAGAAUGUGGUUGCUCAAUCUUUUUACUACUUUCUAGUUUUAUUUGUUAGAUUUAUCAAAUAGUUUUGUCCAUGUUGAUUCUAAGUAGUACCUAUAAUGUGGAAGUAAAAUCGUUUCCCAGAUGGCGUGGACAGCUGUAAAAAACCAAUUUAAAGAAACCUGGUUAACAACUUCGCUCAGUCUGAUUUUAUUUAUGGGAGUUACUUAUUUCUUAUUGUGGGCUGAGAGUCAAACAAUUAAAAGCAACUUGAUGUUAGAAGAACUGAUAUCAGCAGCUAUAAGUAUAGAUGUGCACACAGAAGACCAAGCCAAACAUUAUGAAGGACAAAUUCUUCAUAUCAUAGGCCCAAUUGAAAUACUGGAACCUAUAUCUGAGCCUGACUACAACAUACAGGUCCAGGCCGUCAAAUUGAGGAAAAGAGUACAAAUGUAUCAGUGGAUUGAGGAGACAACAGAGCAAAACAAUUUUCUGUCAGAACCUGCAGAAGAAUACCAGAAAACUUAUUGGUAUCACAAAGACUGGAGGGAUUACAUUGUGGAUUCAAACCUGUUUUACAUUAGACCUGGUCAUCACAACCCUACAUCAAUGCCUUUGUUUAGUGAGACGCAUAUAGCUGAAAAUGUCAGAAUAGGCUGGUUGUAUCUUGGCACUGAUGUAAAACGUAAGGUAAAUGACUAUUACGAGAUUUGGUCAGAUUCAAGGCCUGAUAGGAGUGACAUUAAACUACACUCAGGAUUUUACUAUCACGGUGAAAGCGCAUUGGAACACAAAAUAGGAGAUUUGCGAAUUCAUUUCAGUUAUGCUGGACGACAAGAUGACAUAUACACAGCAGUGGGUGUUGUAGAGAGUGGAGUGCUCCAACCAUACAGUUCAUCAUCAUUCCCAUCAGCAGACCCAAUCUCAUUGUUUCGAAAGGGUUCCUACACUUUACAACAUCUGCAUGAGUUAGAGAGGAAAGAUGCAAAUGUACAUACUUGGAAAUAUAGACUGCUUGGUUUCAUUCAAGUUUUUGCUUCUGCAAUGACUUUACAUCCUGACUGGAUUACACUAUUUUUACAGUUUUCAUGGAUAUCACAUAAUCUCAGAAGAUGCACAAGGGCUUGGGUCAACUUGGUCUUAUCGUUUUCAUACUCUUGUUUCAUCAUAUCAUUUCCUUGGUUACUUCACAAACCGGUGUACGGCGUGAUAAUAGUGGUCUACUCUGUAAUACCUCUUCUUUAUUACUCUACGUUAUUGACAAGACGCGAAGUGACCGAAUCUAUGUCAUAUAGAAGAUGGAACGACGAUAUUCGCUGAGCGCGAUAGCUCAGAUCGCAUUAUGAGCUCCCUUCCCUAUUUCACUCAGGUUUCUGGUGAAGUCAACCCAUUCGGAUUAUGUUGUGUCUCUAAACUUAUAAUGGAUAGCGGAUGAAUGAGCUAAAUUGUCAUAAGCAUUUUAAUGGGUUUUGUGUAUCUGUGACAGGAGACACGUCUAUACUAAUAUUAUAAAGAGGAAAGAUUUGUUUGUUUGUUUGUUUCGAAUAGGCUUCGAAACUAC